GAAGGGAUGGACACAGUCCUCUAUCUGCUCUGUGCAUGGUCGAAGCUAACUACAAAGAUGUUGGAAGGAUCUGGUUGGGCUAUGGUACCUUGCAACAUCGGUGCACCAAAAGCUGAAACUUGCAUUUCCUAAAAGAGGAGAGCAAUUGUCAGGUCCAAAGGGAACCCCCAGUUCCCCCCGAAGCAGUGUUUGCUCAGCUCAGGCUGGGCGCUGGGCUAUAACGGGAGCAGUAUCCCUCAGGAACUCAUGAAAGGGGUUGCUGCUUGCCAAAAAGGGCCACUUCCCUUGGCAUAUGCCUGUGGUUAUAUAUCAAAACCCAUGCUAGCCUCUAGACUCCUUCAGUCUCUAUCCACAUGGAACUUCCUCUGUAGACCAGGCUGGCCUCAAACUCAACAGAGAUCUGCCUGCCUCUGCCUCCUGAGUGCUGGGUUAAAGGUGUGCAUUCCUACUGCCAGCUUUUUUUUUGAACUGAGGACUGAACCCAGGGCCUUGUGUUUGCUAGGCAAGUGGUCUACUGCGUGCUAAAUACCCAACCGGAAGAAAAUAACUUUAUUUUACAGUUUGGUAUAUUUAAAGGACUGAGCAGAGUCACUGGGAGCGUCUGGCCUUAUCUAGAGCCUUAGAAGUCAUGAGGGCUCAGAGCUACCUCCUGAACAUAGUAACCCCAAAAGCGCAACUGUAGGCCUUUUCCUUCUGGCUGUCAAAGUGCCCUGCAGAGAUGUGAAUGCCAGUGGGAGGGUUAACUGAAUGGUAGGUUGCCCUUGAAUUUGGUUUUGCCCUUGAUGAAAGUCACAGGCAACAGUAACUAAUCAUUUGAAAGCUCCAAGUAAACAAGAGUAAUCCUAAUGGUCUGUGAUGCAGAGGCCACCCAGUUACUGCCGCAGUCAUCUUGGUUAUUUUGCACCUGUUACCCCAAGAUAUGAUGGACUCAAGGCCAGUGAGAAAGCUGUUCACAUUAAGGAAAGAAGUCUGCAGUGAGGGUCCCUUCUCUCACAUUCCACCUGCUGGAACUUCUGGAGUGCCCUCCUUUUAUUUCAGAGGACAGAAGAAAGGGACAAGUUUUCCACACACCCAGGGUGCUCCAAAGAGAUGCUACCCAACCCCAGUGCUGCUGUGGCUUUUGAAGCUCGUCCAAGACGUCUUGUGCCUCCCUCCGUCCCCUCCCCUUCCUGAUGUUUUGCAGUUAUGUGCACUGGGGAGUUCUAUGGCAGGAAGGCAGGAUUUUAUUUACAGUGUGUGGGGUCCCUAUUCGCACCGUGUCCCUGUCCAGCCUGCAACUCCAGGGUUCAGUCCAAUCCCUGUCGUCUGACCAUGAGGAUUUGGUGGCUCCUGUUGGUUAUGGGCACAUGUGCAAGGAGUGUGUACUCCCAGGACACCUGCCGGCAGGGGCACUCUGGCAUCCCUGGGAAUCCAGGUCACAAUGGCCUACCGGGAAGAGAUGGACGAGAUGGUUCCAAGGGUGACAAAGGAGACACAGGAGAACCAGGACAUCCUGGUGGCCCAGGGAAGGAUGGAAUUCGUGGGGAGAAAGGAGAACCAGGAGCGGAUGGAAGAGUUGAAGCAAAAGGCAUCAAAGGUGAUCCAGGCUCCAGAGGAUCCCCAGGGAAGCAUGGCCCAAAGGGCUCCAUUGGUCCUACAGGAGAGCAAGGGCUGCCAGGAGAGACUGGCCCUCAGGGGCAGAAGGGAGAGAAAGGCGAUGUGGGCCCCACUGGUCCAGAAGGACUAAUGGGCAGUACUGGUCCUUUGGGCCCCAAGGGCUUACCUGGCCCAAUGGGCCCCAUUGGCAAACCAGGUCCUAGGGGAGAAGCCGGACCCAUGGGCCCCCAAGGGGAGCCAGGAGUCAGAGGAAUAAGAGGCUGGAAAGGCGAUCGAGGAGAGAAAGGGAAGGUCGGUGAGGCUCCCAUCUUGCCCAAGAGUGCUUUCACUGUGGGGCUCACGGUGAUCAGCAAGUUCCCGCCUCCUGAUGCACCCAUCAAAUUCGACAAGAUCCUGUACAAUGAACUGAACCAUUACAAUGUAGCGACAGGGAAAUUCACCUGCCACGUGGCUGGUGUCUAUUACUUCACCUACCACAUCACUGUUUUUUCCAGGAAUGUGCAAGUCUCUUUGGUCAAAAAUGGGGUAAAAGUCCUGCACACCAAGGAUGGUUAUAUGAGCUCUGAGGACCAGGCCUCUGGUGGCAUUGUGCUGGAGCUGAAGCUCGGGGACGAGGUGUGGAUGCAGGUGAUGGGAGGUGAGAGGUUCAAUGGCUUGUUUGCAGAUGAGGAUGACGAUACCACAUUCACCGGCUUCCUUCUGUUCAGCAGCUCUUGACACAAAGGACUCUGCACAUGGGCCUCAUGGAAGGCUCUCCUGGUGGACAUGGUGCCCACAGACCUAGCUCAGUGAAGGUGGGAUGCGAUUGUGUCCAUUCCUCCAAUAUUGUAUCAAUUCUAAACUGUAGAGGUGGGAAGCUACUCCUACAAAUCCAGCCAUUUGAACACAUUAAUAAUAAACUCAGAGACACCAACAA